UCGGCUAAAUUUUGAGGGUAGAAAUGAGUUUCUAAAAAUAUUGUAAAUGCCGAUAAGGAGUAAAAUUUUUAUUAAGUCCAACCUCAUUCGAUAUACGACACAGCCUCUUUGACCUGUAAUUAAAAUUUGACCGAUUACUAUAGUUUUUCUAUGUUAUAUUCUAUAAUAACCGAAAGCUUAUUCUAUGCCUUUUUAAUUCGAAUACCAGAGGAAUUCGAAACAUUCGUAUGUGAUCAAAACUUCGAAUUAUCUGUUUUUGAAAACCGUACUAGUUUUCUUCAAGUAUUUUUAUGUGUCUGGCAGUAUUCAAAUUUUUAGUGGUGAAAUCGGAAGGAAAUAAAUAUACUUUAAAACCAACUAACGAAGAGAAACGUGUAUAUUUGGUCCAUUUAUUAGGAAAAGUAUUGAUGACCGGAAUUCCUCAGAUAGUUACGGAGAGCAAUAAUAAACGAAGAAUAUUCAAAUUAUUUGUCUUCGUUGCUUGUUUAAUUGGUUUCCUCUAUCAGUUGGGAUCGUUCCUUUCUUUUUAUUUCACAUAUCCAACGAGUUUAGAAAUUUUAGUGAAAUAUAAAAGUAUAAAGAAUCUCCCAAAACCAAUGGUUACUAUUUGUAAUCUAAACGAGGUACGAAGAACAAUGUACUGUAAAGAUUUUCCUGAUAAUUGUGAAAGGCCUAAAAACAUAAGGAACUUCUGCCAGCACUUUAAUCAUUUUUGUCAAAAAGAAAAUUAUAAUAAUGAAGAUUUAUUAUUUCCACUACCGCAUUAUUAUUAUUAUACUUCUCACAAUCGAACUCUCAUAGAAAAAUAUGGAGAUGAAGUGGAAGAUAUGCUAAAUCCUUAUAGAAAUUUCUCUAAUCGUGUCAUUUUAGCAAAUGAUGGAAUAGAGAUUAGAAAAUGUUAUACGGUUGAUUUGUCAAAAGUUUACUCUAACGAAUUCGCAAAGGAAAAUUAUAUUCAUUAUUCGAAAAGACUUGUAACAGAAUCCAAUAUAUUUGUGGAGAUGAAUGUUACAUUUAAUCCCGAAGAAACAUUCUACCCAACCAUUCCUAUCGGUGCCAGAUUAUCAGUUCACUCGAGGACUCAAUUAAUUAAUCCUUUUAUCAAUGGUGUGCUUAUUAGACCCGGUAGGAAAUACGGAAUUCAAUUGAGAAUUAUUGAACACAAUCUGUUGCCCGCUCCUUAUAGAACAAAUUGUAAAAUGUAUGAUCGAAGUCACGGUAAAACAAGACACAUACUAUAUAGUCGAGAUCGCUGCUUAAUUGAAUGUAGUAAAAUAAAUUGGAUAAAAAAGUGUGGCUGUGUUGGUGAAGAAUAUCCAUUUCGAUUCGAAGGAAAAUUCUGUGAUGAUUUCGAUUCUCUACAAUGUGUUAGAAACUUAAAUAAUGAAGAUUGCUACCAAAAGUGCCGUAUAAACUGCAGAUAUUACAUUUUUCGAUAUAGCGUGGAUGAAUCGCCCAUAGAAUGCAACAAUUGUACCGACGUUUUAAAGAAUCCCGAAUCAGUUAGGAAACAUGGAAACAGAAUUAAGCAUUCACUUCUGAGUUUUUUUCUAAAAAGUCCCGAAAUUUUAAUAUAUAAAUAUAAGCCACAAUUUCAAGUAAUUGAAGUAUUUGGAUACAUUGGAGGUUACGUGGGAAUUUGGUUGGGAAUAUCUUUAAUUGCUGUUUUCGAUUUACUGGAAACUCUAUUUGUUUACUUUUCCUAUAGAUUAAAAGGAAAAAUUCCGAAAUUUUCCAUCAAAUCAUUUCUUGGACAUGUCCAAUACAACAGAUCAUUUCUUGAUCAAUUUGGUAUUAGAUUAGAAGACAUUUUACCAUCUCACAUGCAAAACAUUGCUUGUAUGAAUGCAAAAGAAAAAUUUGGAUGUGUAUCUACCGAAUAUCCUUUUCUUACAAAUGAACACUUUUGCGAUGCAACCGCUGAUUUUUAUUCUACCAAUGAAAUAAAUGUGACAUCUUGUUACAACGAAUGUCAGAAGGAAUUCAGUGAAUUAUUCGGUUACGUCGGUGGAUAUAUCGGAAUGUGGCUGGGGAUAUCUCUAAUUGCAGUAUGUGAUUUCUCGGAAGUCAUUUGUAUUUAUCUAUAUCGAAUCACCAGAGAGAGAAUUAACUAUCUAAAUGCAAAGUAG